UUAGAGAGACAAAAUAAUAAGAGAAGUUGAGAGGUUUCUCGAAGAAUAUUUACCCAAAACCUUCAACUUUGAACCUUCUUUCUUCUUCUUCAACCUCACUCAACAAUCAAACCUUCUUUCCCAGAAAACUCUCAAAAAUGGUGGUCAUCGAACCAGCAAACGAAGAAUCACCACCACCACAACACCAGAUCAACCACAAAAAUCUCGAUUCUGAACCUGAAACGAGUUCCGCCAUUAACAACAACAACAACAAAGACGUUUCUGAGGGUUUCGAAACUGCUAGCGAAGGCGAUCAUUCUGAUAGAGGCACCGAUUUUGGCGAUGACGAUAACAAUGGCGACGACGAACAACAGCAUAAUCAACAAGGAGAUGGAGAGGAAGAACAAUCUGCGCCAUUAAUGGCUGCUAAAGAUGAUUCUUAUGAAGAUGCUCUUGAUGAUGAUCAAUUGAAACAGCGAGCGCUAGCACAAGCUAAUGAUGCAAAAGUAGAAGGGAAUACAUUGUUUAAGGAUGGUCAAUUUGAGGAUGCAUUGUUAAAGUAUGAGUCGGCUCUACAAGUAGCUCCAGAAAUGCCUGAAUCAGUAGAGUUACGUUCUAUCUGCCAUUCGAACCGUGGAAUAUGCUACUUGAAACUGGGGAAGUAUGACGAGACAGUGAAGGAAUGCUCAAAAGCUAUAGAACUAAAUCCAACAUAUGUUAAAGCUCUUCUUAGGAGAGGAGAGGCUUAUGAGAAGCUUGAACGAUAUGAAGAGGCUAUCUCUGAUAUGAAAAAAAUAAUGGAAGUGGAACCUUCAAAUGACCAGGCUAGGCGAAAUAUUGUUAGGUUGGAGCCGUUAGCCCGAGAAAAGAUGGAGAAAAUGAAGGAAGAGAUGAUUGGAAAGCUCAAGGACGUCGGUAACAAUAUACUUGGCCGCUUUGGAAUGAGUGUCGACAACUUCAAAGCCGUGAAGGAUCCUAACACUGGUUCUUACUCAAUUUCAUUUCAACGCUAGUCUACUUGGUGGAUAUUUACAAUUCACUAAAACUGAAGCAGCUUUGGUACUUAAGUGUUAGAAGACCAUUUGCACACGAUGGUGGAAGUUUUUCGCGCAGCUGGUGAUGUUACCUGACUACCAGCUAAGAAAAAGGAACUAAUUUUGCAAUCCAUAUUCUUUGAGCUAGCCUGCAUAUUGGUAGUUGGUGUUUUUUUCAGAAACCAAUUGCAUUACCCAAAACAAUGGCUACCGCAAUAUUAUCUUUUGUGAAGGCUUACUGCUGUUUCUAGUCUUGAUUUAUAGACUGCAAAAUGGCUUUGAUUGUCACCAUUUCGCAAGAAAUAUUGCACUAUACUGGGUCUAAAAGCUGUUUAUACAACAAUAUAUAUCUUUUGUUGCCGUGAUUACCUUAUUUACUUCAUGUUGAUAGAAAAGUUGGGGCUUAACUAAAGCUUAUUUGAAUUAAACUCUGAAGGUUGUCUAUCCUUGACUUAUUGAGUUUAUUCGUAUAUUUACUCAAGUUCGAAUAAAAUGAUCUACAAGACUAA